AUGAGGUCUGCCAGACUGGUUCGCGGCGCAUCCGUGCAGCGGCCCAAUUUGAGCGUCCGUGGUCGUGUACCCAGCGCCUUGGCCGCCGCUUCCGCAGCAAAUCUCCGAUUCAACGGCGGGCGACUCCCCUCGCACAUCCAGGCUCUGGCCAUUCUUGUCCCUCACCAGCGCUUCUAUUCCACCGAGACCUCGCACUCGGCCAAUUCCUCGUCAUCUUUUCCUCCUCCGGGCUUCAAUGCAGAAGAGGCCAAGAAGCCGCUCUCGCAGCAGAGCGAAAAGAACCCGUCUCCCAAGAAUGAGGGCCAGUCCGUGGGUUCGCAGUCGGAAUCAUCGAAUUCACAGCGGGUAGAUGAAAAGAAAGCGGCGGAAGCAGAGGCCGCCAAAACUGGUGCUGAUUUGGACAAGAAAGACAAAGUCGUCGAGGACAAGAAGGAGAAGAAGUUGACUAUCGGCCAGAAGAUCAAGAAGGAGGCCCAACACUACUGGGAUGGUACCAAGCUUCUUGCGACAGAAGUCAAGAUCAGUACAAAACUGGCUAUGAAGAUGGCGGCCGGGUAUGAGCUGAGUCGUCGUGAGAACAGACAGCUUCAAAGAACUGUCAAGGACCUCGGACGGCUGGUCCCGUUCGCGAUGUUCGUUAUUGUUCCAUUUGCUGAACUCCUGCUUCCCGUCGCUUUGAAGCUCUUCCCCAACAUGCUUCCUAGCACAUACGAAGGACAGAAGUCGCGUGAACAGAAGGCCAUGAACCUGCGAUCAACUCGAAAGGAAGUCGCCUCGUUCCUCCAGAACACUCUCCGUGAGACUGGUCUCCCUGUGAGCGCUGCCAAUGCGAAGAAAGAGGAGUUCACCGAGUUCUUCAGAAAGAUUCGCACGACGGGCGAGUCCCCCUCCCCCGAGGAUGUCGUCAAGGUCUGCAAGAUCUUCAAGGAUGAUCUGACUCUCGACAACCUGUCCCGUCCUCAACUGGUCGCCAUGUGCAAAUACAUGAACCUGAACUCUUUCGGCACUGAUGCGAUGCUCCGUUACAGUAUCCGUCACCGCAUGCGCCAGAUUAAGCGCGAUGACCGUGCUAUCUUCUACGAGGGUGUUGACUCACUGUCGGUGCCUGAGCUUCAGAUGGCUUGUGCUUCGCGUGGUCUUCGCACCCAUGGGGUGUCUCCCGCCCGACUCCGGGAGGAUCUGUCCAUGUGGCUCGAUUUGCGGUUGAAACAGGGUGUCCCCUCGACGCUCCUGGUUCUCAGCAAUGCCUACAUGUAUGCCCAGCACGGCAAGGAAUCAGAGAUGGCUUCCCAGAUCGACGCUCUGCAGGCUGUCCUGUCUAGUAUCCCCGAAGAACUGUUCCAUGAGAUCGAGCUCGAGGUGCACAACGCUGAAGGCGCCGCUACUAACAAGCAGCGUCUGGAGGUCAUUAAGGAGCAGCAGGAGCUUAUUGAGGAGGAGAACCAGCAAAACACCCAUAACGAAGAGAAGGGAGUGCCUGCACCCAAGGAUAUCGAAGAUAUCGAUGAGGAUGCCAAGGUAGCCACGGCUGAUGCGAAGCAAGCCGCUGAAGCGAAUGAAGCCGUGGAGGACGGCAAGGAAGCCGAGAAGAAUGACAAACAGACCGAGAAGGCGGAGCAGGAGAAAGAGCAGAAGGAGACCAAAUAG